GAGCCGCGGUGAUCUUGAGACGGGAGAACGCGCAGCGACUCCGAGACUCGCGGGGACACGAGUGACACAGCGUGUCUCCGGUGAUUCGCUUCUUCAUCGAUGAGUCACGCUCGUCGACGGUUAACUGAAGGACUCCCGCGUCGGCGGCGAAGACUAACCGUGAUCCUUUAUUGUCGCAGUGCAACGACGGCCAGGUGCUCAAACACGCCGUGACCAUCAAUCUGUCGCCCAACGAUGAAAUGACGAUUACUCCGGUGGCACCGUGUUUGAUGAAACUCGCUGAAUGCGCCCGAUGGCGACGUCUUGAAUUGGGAAGCAGCGUGCCGAUAAAGCCGGGCGACAUUUGCUCUCUGCUGCCCGGCAAAUGUUGGUUCAAGAUCAUCUCGGAGCCGGAUAUGAUGCAGGAAGGUGAUCAGACGUUGAAGAGAAAGGUUGACGAGAUGGGUUCGAACAACGAAACGGACAGUAAGAAGGCCUGCCUGUUGUCCAGCAUGGAAGCUGCCGCGUCUGUCAGCGAGGGUUCAAACGGCAUUCUUCUUGACAAGGAUCCACCGAACGAGCGCAGAGAUUGUCCCGUUAAUGGAAACGGGGAGCAUGGAAUAGGGGACCACGAGGAAGCAACUGACCCGGUCCCGCAGAUCCACCCUGCAAGCUCUCCGGAGGCGAAUGAUAUGGUCGCGACGAGUUCCAAGAUGUCAACGGACUCGCAGGACGCGGCUGAACCUCCCGUUGAGCAAGAGAGUAACAGGAAGCGGAAAGCAAAUAAUAUUAAUUUAGCGAGUAAAGCUGCGACAAACGGCGAGCCAGACAAGAGGAUCAAGUGGGACUGCGGCGCGCACUUCAGCGAUCGGCUCGACGCAGAUCCGCCGAACGAUUCUCAGUCGCCCGUCGCCUCGCCUCAGGAUCAAGCGAGUGCCUCGAAUCCCGACAGAGUCCCCAGAGAGAGGUGUAUGUACGGCGCUCGAUGUUACCGCAAGAAUCCCAAUCACAAGAACAACUACAGUCAUCCGGACGAUUCCGAUUACGACGAUGACGACGACCGGGAGGAGUGUCCGUACGGCGCCAAGUGCUAUCGUAAGAAUCCGCAGCAUAAGGAGCAGUUCAAACACACGAGCGUGCCGCGCCGUCGUCGAAGAGCCGCCACCCCUGUGCACUCGGCGAACGACAACGCGUCCGAGACGGAGGAGUCCGUGGAGGAGUCCGUCGACGAGUCCGAUUACGAGCCGUCCGUGUACACGGAGAGCUCGGACGACUGGGACGACAGGAGCGAGCUGGACGACGGCACGACUGGCUAACGACGGAGAUCACAGAGCUUCCCACGUGUUCGAGAGCGUCCAAAUUACAGAUGUGUGUGUCCGCAAUGCUGGUCUAUUUUGUUAUGGAAUAUUUAUUUUUGUACACAGGACUUAAAAUAUUAUACACCUGUAUAUCUGUUUUACAUGAAGAGAGAUAUAUAUAAAAUGUUAGUAAUAUAUCACAACCGACGUUGUCCUUUUACAUGUCGGAAAUCUAUGAAUAUAUUAAUCGGAUGUACAC